ACGGUCCCUGCACAGUGCGCACUCGCUCCCCGCACUGUUUGCUCCUCCUGUGUCAUUCUGUCCUUCCCUCCUCACUUGGUCCUCCCAUCCCUCUUCCCUCAGUGGCAGGAUUACAGAACCAGUGUCCUGUUGCUGGCGUGCCCUUGUCUGAGCUUCCUGCCCGACUCUUUUCCUCUGCUCAGCUCUUUGCUCGGGUGCUGCACCAAGCAUGGAGAAUGACCAGUCUUCCACCUCACCUGGGCAGGACAUCCAGGGGCAGAGUGGGGACAAACCUGGCCCUGGCCUGCCAUCCCCUGCUGCAGCCCCCACGGAGCAGCCAAGUGCCUGGCCCGAAGCAGCCGUGUGUGACAUCUCAGAGGAGCUGAGCCGGCAGCUGGAGGACAUCAUUAAAACCUACGGGUCUGCCACCAGCCUGAUGGAGAAGGAAAGCACUGCUCCAGGGACUGACAGGCCUGAGAAGGGACAGCCAGGCAGCUUGGAGGAUGCUGAGUAUGAAGAUGGAAAUGAAGAGGGUGAGAAAGAGAAGCUGGCUCCUGGGGAUGCUUCCAAAGCAAAGGAGCCCAGCAGCAACAAGGAGCAGAAGCUGGAGAAGAAAAUCCUGAAGGGCCUAGGAAAAGAAGCCACCCUACUGAUGCAAAGUUUGAAUAAGCUGAGUACUCCAGAAGAGAAGCUGGACCUAUUGUUUAAGAAGUAUGCUGAGCUGCUUGAGGAGCACCGUGCCGAGCAGAAGCAGCUGAAGUGCCUGCAGAAGAGGCAGGCGCAGAUCACCAAGGAGAAGGACCAGCUGCAGAGCGAGCACAGCCGAGCCAUCCUCGCCCGCAGCAAGCUGGAGAGCCUGUGCCGCGAGCUCCAGAGGCACAACAAGAACCUCAAGGAGGAAACAAUCCAGCGGGCACGGGAGGAAGAUGAGAAGAGGAAAGAAAUAACUAAUCACUUCCAGGGCACACUGAGUGAAAUCCAGGCUCAGAUCGAGCAGCAAAGUGAGAGGAACAUGAAGCUCUGCCAGGAGAACACAGAGCUGGCAGAGAAGCUGAAGAGCAUCAUUGACCAGUAUGAGCUGCGGGAAGAGCACCUUGAUAAAAUAUUUAAGCACAGAGAACUUCAACAGAAACUGGUGGAUGCCAAGUUGGAACAGUCUCAGGAAAUGAUGAAGGAAGCUGAGGAGCGACAUCAGAAAGAAAAGGAAUAUCUCCUGAACCAAGCUGCAGAAUGGAAGCUCCAGGCCAAAAUGUUAAAGGAGCAAGAGACUGUCCUACAGGCACAGAUCACUCUCUACUCUGAAAGGUUUGAAGAAUUUCAGAAAACAUUGGCCAAAAGCAAUGAAGUGUUCGCCACAUUCAAACAGGAGAUGGAAAAAAUGACAAAGAAAAUGAAGAAGUUGGAAAAGGAUACUGCUACAUGGAAAUCCAGGUUUGAGAACUGUAACAGAGCACUACUGGACAUGAUUGAAGAGAAAGCCAUGAGGACCAAGGAAUAUGAGUGCUUCAUGCUGAAAAUCCAGAGACUAGAGAACCUUUGCCGUGCUCUGCAGGAAGAGAGGAAUGAAUUGUACAAAAAAAUAAAGCAAGCACAGCUGCCAGAAGAAGUGAAUGGAAAUGGCAUCUUAGAAGAAGAUGAUGAAGAAGAUGAUACUGAAAUGAUCCCUUCCUCCUCUGAGCAGGCGAGCAUUGAGCUGCAUGAGAGUGACAAGAGGAUGCUGAAGCAGCUGGCUGAAGCUUUCAGGGUGUCCCACAAGGCAGAGGAGUCCCUACCAAGCAACAGCAGCAAUCCAGAGACCUGUGACACUCAAACACAUAAUGCCAUCCUGGUGCCAGAACCCCCUGCUCCUCUCAUUCCACAUUCAGAGCCUGGGAAUCACUGUGAGCAGCCCAGCACGAGCACAGCAGCACCCACUGAAAGUAUGGCAGUGCCCACUGAGAACGUGUCCAAGCCCACCAAAAGCACACCCUCACUUCCAGGCAGGGGGCCAACACCCACAGAAAGUGUGCCAAUGCCUCCUGAGAGUGUCCUUGUACCCACUGGGAAUAUGCCAAUACCCACGGAAAGCAUGCCAGCAACCCCCGAAAAUGUGCCAACACCCACACAAAACACACCCCCUUCCCUUGGGAAUGUGCCAGUACCCAUUCAGUGUCCUCCAAAAGCUGCAGAAUGUGCAGAUGACCCAGCAGAUAGAUCUGUCCAGGGUCAGUCUGCAGAGCAAACAGGGGACACAGACAUGGAAGCAGUGGAUUGAAGACGCUGUGUGUCCAGGUUUGUCUUCUGCAAAGCAGAGCUCUGCAUUGAUUUCUAAAUGGAUACCUGGUUUUUUGUUGGUUUUUUUUUUUUUUUAAGAAACAAAAAUUGGUUCCUAAAACACGCUCAUGUAUUUGUAUGCAAAUGUAAUGCACUUCUCUUUGCUACACUAUCCAGUAAUAGUGGGUCUGCAAAUUUUGCAGUCCCUCAUCUGCUUGAAGUAUAUUUUCUUAAUGACAUGAAAAUACAAUUAAAUCACAGGAUCUUUUUUUCCCAGGCAUGAUGAGUCAUCUCAUUCAGGAAAAUAAUUUUAGUGUUGCCACUUCCAUGUUUCAAAAAACCAUUGCAACUCUCAUGCAUAUAUUUAAAGACUUAUAAUUAAUUCUAUCUGUUUAUUUUGACAUUGCAUAAACGAUGGCCUACUUGGACACACAGUGAUUUUAAUAAAUGAGGUGAAAGGAAUCUGUAAUUACCAAGUAAAAUAGUGAAACCAUAAAUGUGGUCAGCAAUAUCCAAGAAGCAGUGCAACAACCAGAGGUGAAUUUUUGGGCAAGGAAAUGACCACUCAUCACUGUAGCCUAAACACCCACAAGCUUUUAGCCUUUCCUUCCAUUGGUCUUUCUGCUCAGUGUUCUAGAAUAGGUUUCUUUUUCAACAGAACUACAGGGAAAGGGAAAAGAUCUUUUCUAGAUUCACAUAAAAUAACUGAAAACAAUAAAAAAAAAAAAAUCCAAUAGAAAACUGCUGCUUGUCAUACUGUUUGGAAUCACAAGGCUGACAAUGGGGAUCGUGCCUGUUUCCAGCUCACAAAUGAGUUUAGAAGUUCAGAAGUUGGUUGCAGAUCCCAGUUUCCAGGCAAGGAGCAGAAAGCAGAGUGGAAGGUACCAGGAUUUUUUCCAGAAGAAUACAGAAGAAUAAUCCUGAGAUCAUGCUUCUGGAUGGUGCUGUCCCUCCCAGUUACAGCCACAUGAACCACUGCUCCCUCCUGGCCCUGCUGCAUGUGCUAAUGCUCCCAGGAGAAGGAUGAGGACGCUCACCUGUCACCCUAUUCUGGAAGCAGAGCACAAGUCAAUAAGCCAGAAGCAAAGAGGAGCCAGGAAAGCAGGAAUCCUUCUCACAGACACCUCCAGGAGCUGGCUACAUUCUCGUCCCCUUUCUUGUCUAACUGGCUCUUCCCAUCUGCCUGCCAACAGCUAUUGCUUAAUAAUGUGUGCACCUUUCAGAAGCUGGUUUAUUCUGGUGCCAAGAACAGAGAUGAAGAAGGAAGGAGGCAAGAGAGGGCACCUACCCUGGCAGCUCUACAGUCUCAAGCAAGGAGAGUAAGCAGGCUUUUCAAAAGAAGGUUAAACAAUCCUGUAGGAGCAUUCCUUGUUUCUCAUCUCUUUCCUCUGAAUUCCAUCCAGGCCUUUCAGAGUCUGAGCUGGAUAGAUUAAGAGUUUGAAAAGGGCAAUUAAAUAAGAUGUUUAGAGGUUGGAAAGGGAAAUCUUAAAAUCAAAGAACCCCAUGUUUAUAGCCAAAUUCCAAGAAGACCCUGGAGACAAAGUGACUCAUUCAAGCCAAAGCUGAAACACAGGUGAACCAAAAGGAAAGAUGUCAUCUUUGACACACUGUGGGAAGCACAGAGUCCUUCCAGUAUGCCACCCUCCGAAAAUGGGGUUUGAAUCUUUGCUUACUGCCAACAUGGUCUGUACCCUGGUUAAAUGUGUCUGUGAACUGCUUGGUUCAGCCUUUUCAGGAGCCAACCCUUGGAGUCUACAGAGCAUAAACUGCAAAAGUGUGUUUGGAUAUGGCCUGUAGCUAUUUGGACCACAGUUUUCAGAUGUGAAUGCCUUAUGUUAGAUAGAUGUACAGGAUUUAUCCCAUGUCUUCAAUCAGUGAAAGUAGAUAAUUUGAGUCUUAGUUAUCUUAAGUUCCUUUUAUAAGCAGUGGAAAAGAAAAAGCAUCUUUUAAGGAAGUUAUCCCAUGAUAAGAGUGGCAUCCAAGUCAGAAGGAAUUACUUUCUCUCUGAGGAUGGUCUUUCUCUUCAGAUUCUAGAGCCAGCCUUAGACAACUAAUUUAAGUUUAAUGUCUAUUGUUAGGUAUCUAAAUUAGACAACAUGAAUCCCAUCAAAUAUUCAGAUUCAAAGCCCUAAGUGAAUGGCCAUCUCUGAAAACCAAGCCAGAUAUGUGCCUGUGGAAACAUUAAUCUAUAACAAAUCUGUAUCCUGAGAUAAAAAGUUAUACUCACCUGAUACACUUCUUUUUUUAGUUUCCAUUGACUUAAGUUGGUAGAAAUAUAGUUUCCAUUACAAGUUUUGUUUGCUAUUAGGGUGACUUCUAAAAUUAAUGCAAUUUAUAUACUUGUUAAUGUUUGGGGGUUUUAAUUCUUGAUCUUGUUUGAUUUUGUUGCCAUUUUAGUAACCACCUGCAUUAAACCAACUUCUUUUUCUUUAAAUAUGUCUUUCUUUUUCUUCAAAUAGCCUUCAGCUGUUGAUGUUUUCUUAUACAUUCAAAUAUUCAAUGCAAUAAUAAUGGCCUUGCAACUUAGGUUGGUUCCAUUUUGUGUAAUCAUUAUGGUCACAUCUUUAAUUAUGUAAUUGAUGUCUCAUACCUUCCAACUUCAGCAAGCAGGGAGACAAGGAUCUUGCAGAUAAAUACUUCCUACAUAGUUA